AUGGAAGCCUGCGUUUCCACGAGCCGCGUCCUCCUCCCUUUCCCUCUCUGCGCCGCGCGGCCGGCGGAUGCCUGCUUCCGGCGCCGAGCAGGGGCUAGCCGACGAAGAGGGGUCGGGCUAAACCCGGCAACGGCGUCGCUCGACAGCGCCGCAGUGCUCCUCGACGCCACCGUCGGGGCGGGGACGGGGUACUCGCAGGCGCGCUACUACACCUCGCUGGGGUUCUUCGUGCUGUCCGUGCCGGGGCUCUGGUUGCUCAUCAAGCGCUCCGUCAAGUCCAAGGGCUCUGGGAUGAGGCUUAAACGGUUUGGAGCGAAACCUGAUGCCAGGAAUAGAAGACGCCUUGAUGAUGGAUUCGCCCAAGGCUUCCUCCUUGGAGGUGGAAAAACCUUCCCUUGGUGACGGCGAGGGGCCCACGCUUGCAGGGAAGAAAAGGAAGGAUGUUCCUGGGCGCGAGAAUGGCGGCGUGGCGAAGAGGGUGCUCAGGUCGGACACCAUGAAGCUGC